GUCCAGCGAUGGGGGAAUACGAAAUACAUAUAGACGCAGGAAUCUGGUUAUCCUAGAUAGUUAUUCCUCUACAGUCGUCUUGCCAUGGCUUUGGUCGCGAUGCCUGUGCUCUUGGAAUGGGCGUGGCGAGACCUUGUGGCCUUACUGCUAGCAAUAGUGAGUACAAACAUCUGGUGUUCCUUUCUUUUCCUAGAUUAUUGGUGGUUUUGUGUCACUCCUCAUACUUCAUUCUCUGGAUGGACCAACUGAGAUUCAAAUACGCAAAGGUGACGGCGUACCCAAUAUGGAGCGCUUUCUACAACAUAUAUCUGCACCCGCUACGUAUAUAUCCCGGCCCCAAACUGGCGGUGGUUUCGAAAGCCUACUACUAUUACUGGACACUAUCGGGGAAGCUUCAUUCUAAAAUCAAGGAGGUCCACGAUCAAUACGGCGAUGUCGUGCGAUUCGGCCCUAAUACCUUAUUGUACCGCAGCCCAACAGGAUGGAAGGAUAUUUACAGCCACCGUGACGCCGGCGCGGACUCAUUCGUGAAAGACCCCGAAUUGUACAUCCAGGGUCCCGCGGGGCCUAGCAUCUUAAACGCAAACGACGCAGACCAUUCGAGGAUGCGACGCCUACUAUCGCAUGCACUUUCUGAUAAAGCAUUACGAGAGCAGGAGCCUCUCCUCCAAUCCUAUGUGGACUUGUUGGUCAAGAGACUCCAAGGCCAUGUCGAUUCCUCAAGUAACUCGGUUGAUAUGACUAAAUGGUACAACUAUACCACAUUUGACAUAAUCGGGGACUUAUCUUUCGGGGAGUCAUUUGAUUGUCUUAAAAACAGCGAUUACCAUCCGUGGGUGACGGCCGUUUUUCAAAGUGCAAAAGUUGGUGUAUUUAUGAGACCUCUUGUUGCACUCCUGCCACUAUGGUUGGUGGGCAAAAUGAUUCCAGCCAAGGUUAAGCAAAUGAGAAAUCAUCAUUACCUGAUGAGUAAAGACAAGGUCGAUCGUCGCCUUCGCGUCAAGUCUUCCAGGCCAGAUUUCAUGACAUAUAUUCUCAAACACGGUGAUGGGAAGGGGAUGAAUCAGAACGAAAUAGAGUCCAACGGGGCUAUCUUGAUUCUCGCCGGUAGCGAAACAACAGCUUCUCUGUUGUGUGGACUCACCUUCUAUAUCCUGAAGAACGAACGUACGUAUAAGAGACAUUGAUAUCCAUUAUACGCUUUUCUCUCACUGAAUAUGGGUAGACUGUGGUAUCCAUGGCGUUUUUCUCUGCUUUUCACUCGAAAGACAAUUUUGCCGAGCCAGACUCUUUCAUUCCCGAGCG